AUGCUGCUUUUGCCACUUCUGUUGCUCGUGGUUCUCAUCCCAGGUGGUGACAACAAGCCAGCUUUCCAGGGCCCGACCACUUUCCACCUCAACCAGAUAUCGUCCUUUGCCAACAGCACCUGGGCACAAAACCAGGGCUCUGGCUGGCUGGGCGAUUUGCAGAUUCAUGGCUGGGACAGUGAGUCGGGCACUGCCAUUUUCCUGAAGCCUUGGUCCAAGGGCAACUUGAGUGACGAGGAGGUGACUGAGCUGGUGGAGACCUUCCGAGUCUAUUUGAUCGGAUUCAUCUGGUUCAUACGGGAUCACGUCAGUGAAUUCCAGCUGACUUAUCCCUUUGAGAUCCAGGGCACAGCAGGCUGUGAGCUGCGCGCGGGCGAGGCCACGGUCAGCUUCCUACGGGGAGCGCUAGGGGGAGUGGACUUCAUGAGCCUCUGGAAUGGGACAUGUGUGCCUGCUGCGGAGGCCGUCAGCCACGCCCAGUCGUUCUGCAGGGUUUACACGCAGUACCAAGGCAUCUCUGACAUCAUCGGGAAUCUCCUCUAUCACACCUGCCCCAGGUUUCUCUGGAGCGUCCUGGAAGCAGGGAAGGCGGAGCUGCAAAGGCAAGUGAAGCCCGAGGCCUGGCUGUCCAGUGGCCCCCCUCCUGGCCCUGGCUGUCUGCUGCUGGUGUGCCACGUCUCAGGAUUCUACCCCAAACCUGUGUGGGUGAGGUGGAUGCGGGGGCAGCAGGAGCAGCCGGGCGCUCAGCAAGGCGACGUCCUGCCCAAUGCUGACGGGAUGUGGCAUCUCCGAGUGACCCUGGACGUGGCGGCUGGGGAGGCAGCUGGCCUGACCUGCCGAGUGAGACACAGCAGCCUCGGAGGCCAGGACAUCGUCCUCUACUGGGGAAAUUCUACCUCCCUCACUGUGAUAUUUUUGGCAGUGAUAUUGCCCACCUUGAUUCUUUUGAUAUGUCUUACUUUAUGGUUUUGGAGGCGCUGGUCAUAUCAGAAUAUCCCAUGAGAUGUUAUCAUGUCUCCUUGUACCCAUUUGGAAUAAGGACUCAGAAGACAAGAAGCUCAAGUUGUCAGCCCAGCAGCCAAUCUCAUCAUCUUUAAUCAAAGAAUUAUCAUAUUUGGUCAAC